UAAAAUUGAUAGUUUUCCUUCUAUGGGAUACGUUAAUAAAAUUAUAAAUGCUUAUGAAAAUAAUGGUGAAAUAGCUCUUAUAACUGGUGCUACUGGAUCUCUUGGCUCUUUCAUCCUUCGAGACUUGUUAAUGAACCAUAAUGUACUUAAAAUUUACUGUCUAGUAAGAGCUUCAGAUGAAAAUAAUGGAUGGUUUAGAUUAAAAGAUUCAUUUGAACAACGUCAUUUAGAUACUUCAUUAUUAUCUAAAGAACGGGUUAUUAUUUUACCAAGUGAUCUGGAUGAUUCGAAACUUGGACAAACUGAGGAUGUUUAUUUGAAACUUGUGCGUGAAUUAACUGAAAUUUAUCAUGUAGCUUGGAAAUUAGAUUUUAAUAGCAAAAUUGAUGUUUUCGAACGUGAAUGUAUUGGUGGAACUGUUAAUCUUCUUAUGCUUGCUCGUAAUGCAUAUAUUCAUCAUCAAAAUGUUCAUUUUAAUUUUACAUCAAGUAUCAGUACAUCCAUUGGAUCAAAAACACAUGUUAAGGAAGAUGAAUUACCUCAAGACAUUUCAAGUGCGUUACUUAAUGGAUAUGGUCUAUCAAAAUUCAUUACUGAGCAU